GAAAUGGCAGAAGCUUUUCCAAGCAAGAGAACGAAUAAGAGAUUAGUUUUAACCGGCUAUGGUGGUAUUAAUAAAAUCAAACUACAAAGGAAAGAAUUAUCCAAUGUCAAAAAUGGCCAUGUCCUAAUCAAGGUAGAAGCAUGCAGCAUCAAUAAUCAUGAUAUAUUGGCCAGACAAGGGUUAAAUCUAUCCAUGACGAUACGACCACCAUGCGUUUUAGGCAUGGAGGUAGCUGGCACGAUUGAUGAAUGCGGCCAAGGUGUUUCUAGCUUUGAAGUGGGUGAUCGCGUUAUUGGCAUAGCUUGGUCUGGUGGCUGGAGCGAAUAUGUCUCAGUAGCUUUAGGAUGGGUUUUUUCUAUGCCUAAUGGGAUGACUUUUGAAGAAGCUGCUGCUAUACCUAUUAGCUACCUGACAGCCUAUUUUUUAUUAUUUGAAUAUGGAGGUCUGAAAGAAGGUAAAAGUAUUCUCUGUCAUCAAGCAUUCGAUGAUGUUGGUUUAGCCGUUGGACAGUUAUGCAAGACUGUACCCCAUGUCACAUUAUAUGGAACUUGCCCUCAUUCUUGGCAAUCUAUCACUCGAAAACAUGGCUAUGACUAUCUUGUUGAUAGCAAAUCCAGAGAUUAUGUUACUGACAUUAGACAAUUUGCUCCUAAUGGAGUGGAUAUUGUCUUGGAUCCGUACAGAGGUGUCGAUAAUCGUAAGAAUUAUUUCUUAACCAAACGAUUAGGUAAACAUAUUAUGUAUGGCGGUGCUAAUUUACGAUCAGCAGAAAGUCGUACUUGGUUUGGUGCUGCAAGGCAAUGGUGGAAUACUUUCCAUCAAGAUUUAAGUACUUUAAUUGCGGACUGUAAAAUGAUUGGUGGUGUUGUCUUGACGCAUUUAGUUCAGGAUGCUAGCGGUAUCAAUUGGGUUCGGACUGCCAUGCAUGAUAUCUUGAAAUUAUAUAGUGAAGGAGUAGUUCGACCAAGGAUUGAUGCAAUGUAUCCGCUAGAAGAAUUUAACAUUGCUAUGGAGCGAAUCCAUUCGCAAAGAUUUAUAGGCAAGGUCAUAUUAUUACCAACCAGGAUGCCAGGAAGGAUAGAAAUUAUCGAUCCUGAUCUGCAACAGAAAGAAAUACCUUCGUCCAAAUUCCAGCAAGAGGAUACAAGGACAAGCAAAGAGGAAGAGUUAGUUAGAGCAAAAUCUCGCGAGCAAAGUGAUGAAAGUAGUGGAUCGGACACCAAAGAAAUUUGCCAGACUCCAACUCUAUCCAAGGUGGAGGGAUUGUUUUCUGGUCAUGAAACUAUUGUCCUCGAUGACAACUAA